GGCCGCGCGAGGGUAGUUUGUGGUUCCGGACCCGGUUACGCGAGUGACGCAGGUGCAGCGCGACUGCCCAUCCUCGGCUGUCCCACUUUCUUCCCCUGUCUUCGGCGCCUUGCCUGAGAGUCCCGUGUCACCCUCUCACCCUCCUCGCCAUCCUUGUCGCGCGCUCGAGGCAAAGAGGGGCCCCAGAUCGCCUGGAAAACAAGCCCGCCCGAGCGCUAGCCCAACGGACGCGACCGCUUCCAGCACCCUGACCACUCCUCUCCGGGCCUCAGGCCCCCGCAGACUACGUCAUGGGUGAUAGCGAUGACGAGUAUGAUCGAAGGCGCAGGGACAAGUUUAGAAGAGAGCGCAGCGACUAUGACCGUUCCCGCGAAAGAGAUGAACGACGUCGAGGGGACGAUUGGAAUGAUCGAGAGUGGGACCGAGGCCGUGAGCGCCGCAGUCGGGGUGAAUAUCGGGACUACGACCGGAAUCGGCGAGAGCGGUUCUCACCUCCCCGCCAUGAACUCAGUCCCCCGCAGAAGCGCAUGAGGCGAGACUGGGAUGAGCACAGCUCUGACCCAUACCACAGUGGCUAUGAGAUGCCCUAUGCUGGGGGGGGUGGGGGCCCAACUUAUGGCCCCCCUCAGCCCUGGGGCCACCCAGACGUCCACAUCAUGCAGCAUCAUGUACUGCCUAUCCAGGCCAGACUUCCUGACCGGGCCCCCCCCAGGCUGGGCAGCAUCGCAGAGAUAGACCUGGGUGUGCCACCACCAGUGAUGAAGACCUUCAAGGAGUUUCUCCUUUCAUUGGAUGACUCUGUGGAUGAGACGGAAGCAGUCAAGCGCUAUAAUGACUACAAGCUGGAUUUUCGAAGGCAGCAGAUGCAGGAUUUCUUCCUGGCUCAUAAAGAUGAGGAGUGGUUUCGGUCUAAGUACCACCCAGAUGAGGUGGGGAAGCGUCGGCAGGAGGCCCGGGGGGCCCUGCAAAACCGAUUGAGGGUAUUCUUAUCCCUCAUGGAGAGUGGCUGGUUUGAUAAUCUUCUUCUGGACAUAGACAAAGCUGAUGCCAUUGUCAAGAUGCUGGAUGCAGCUGUGAUUAAGAUGGAAGGAGGCACAGAGAAUGAUCUACGUAUCCUGGAGCAGGAGGAGGAGGAGGAGCAGGCAGGAAAGCCUGUGGAUCCCAGCAAGAAAGAGGACGGCCGGGCUGGACCAGGCCUGGGGGAUGGAGAGCGCAAGGCCAAUGAUAAGGAGGACAAGAAAGAAGAUGGCAAGCAGGCCGAAAAUGACAGUUCUAAUGAUGACAAAACUAAGAAAUCCGAGGGUGAUGGGGACAAGGAAGAGAAGAAAGAAGACUCUGAGAAGGAAGCCAAAAAGAGCAGCAAGAAGCGGACUAGGAAGCGCAGUGGUGAUGACAGCUUUGACGAAGGCAGUGUGUCUGAGUCUGAGUCUGAGUCUGAGAGUGGCCAAGCCGAGGAGGAGAAAGAGGAGGCUGAAGAAGCACUCAAGGAAAAGGAGAAGCCCAAGGAAGAAGAAAGGGAGAAGACUAAGGACGCUGCAGGGCUGGAAUGUAAGCCCCGGCCCCUGCAUAAGACAUGUUCUCUCUUCAUGCGCAACAUCGCGCCCAACAUCUCCCGGGCUGAGAUCAUUUCUCUUUGUAAAAGAUAUCCAGGCUUUAUGCGUGUGGCACUAUCAGAGCCCCAGCCUGAGAGGAGGUUUUUCCGUCGUGGCUGGGUGACCUUUGACCGCAGUGUUAACAUUAAAGAGAUCUGUUGGAACCUGCAGAAUAUCCGACUCCGUGAGUGUGAGCUGAGCCCUGGUGUGAACAGAGACCUGACCCGUCGCGUCCGCAACAUCAAUGGCAUCACCCAGCACAAGCAGAUAGUGCGCAAUGACAUCAAGCUAGCAGCCAAGCUGAUCCAUACGCUGGAUGACAGGACCCAGCUCUGGGCCUCUGAGCCUGGGACACCUCCUCUGCCAAUAAGUCUGCCCUCACAAAACCCGAUCUUGAAGAAUAUCACUGACUACCUGAUUGAGGAAGUGAGUGCUGAAGAGGAGGAGCUACUGGGGAGCAGUGGGGGCCCCCCCCCUGAGGAGCCUCCUAAGGAAGGGAACCCGGCAGAGAUCAACGUGGAGCGAGAUGAGAAGCUGAUCAAGGUUUUGGACAAACUCUUGCUCUAUUUGCGCAUUGUGCAUUCCUUGGAUUAUUAUAACACCUGCGAGUACCCCAAUGAGGAUGAGAUGCCCAAUCGUUGUGGCAUCAUCCAUGUUCGGGGUCCCAUGCCACCCAACCGCAUCAGUCAUGGAGAAGUGCUGGAAUGGCAGAAGACGUUUGAGGAGAAGCUGACUCCACUGCUGAGCGUGAGGGAAUCUCUCUCAGAGGAAGAGGCCCAGAAGAUGGGUCGCAAAGACCCAGAGCAGGAAGUGGAAAAGUUUGUCACCUCUAACACCCAGGAAUUGGGCAAGGAUAAAUGGCUAUGUCCUCUCAGUGGCAAGAAAUUCAAGGGUCCUGAGUUUGUGCGCAAACAUAUCUUCAACAAGCAUGCAGAGAAAAUUGAGGAAGUAAAGAAGGAGGUGGCGUUUUUUAACAACUUCCUCACUGAUGCCAAGCGCCCAGCUCUGCCCGAGAUCAAGCCAGCUCAGCCACCUGGCCCUGCCCAGAUACUCCCCCCAGGCCUGACCCCGGGACUCCCCUACCCACACCAGACUCCCCAGGGCCUGAUGCCCUAUGGUCAGCCUCGGCCCCCCAUCUUGGGCUAUGGAGCUGGUGCUGUCCGCCCUGCAGUCCCCACAGGAGGGCCUCCAUAUCCCCAUGCCCCAUAUGGUGCUGGCCGAGGGAACUAUGAUGCCUUUCGAGGCCAGGGGGGUUAUCCUGGGAAACCUCGCAACAGGAUGGUUCGUGGAGACCCAAGGGCCAUUGUGGAGUAUCGUGACCUGGAUGCCCCAGAUGAUGUUGAUUUCUUUUGAGCCGUCCACUUUUCCUCACUCCUGGUAUCAUCUAUACUUGGGACUGUCUUGUCCCAUCUAAAUCGGAGAAUUUUUUGUACGUUCAGCCUUACUGCCAAUAAAAGUACUUCCACAACGACUCUUAA